AUGGCGGAGCAGAUGGCGCGCCAGCAGGCGGCAGGCGAGGAGGCGCGGGCGCGGGUCCAGCACCUGGAGGAGCAGCGUGGGAAGCUGCUCGCGGUGAAAGUGGAAUACAAGGAGACGGCGCGGCGGCUGCGCGCGGAGAGCAUCAGGUUGAUCUCGGAGGCGCGCGUCAAGGGGGACCACGCCAUGCGGCUGCAGGGGUGGCUCAAGCUGACGGCCGACGGCGCAGAGACGGCGCGCGGCGAGGCGGCGGCGCUGCGGGGCGGGCUGGCGCGCAUGCAGGCGUGCCUGGGAGCGGUCCGGGAGGAGUGCGCUGGUGUUGACAGCUGCGUGAGCGACAGCUACAGCGGCAGUGGCGGCGACGACGACGGCAGCAAGGGCUGGGCCAAGGGUGCCAGCGAGCCCCAGGCGCUCUCCGGCGGCAGCUGCGGCGCCACCACCACCGCCAGCAGCAGCGGCGCCGUUACCCCUGCCAACGGCUGCGUCGACGCAGCCGGCAGCCGCUCGGUCGAUGACGCGCAUCCCGCCUGCGCCGACGUGCCCGAGGCGGCCGGCGUUUUGAUGCCGGACGCCACCGCAGCCGACGGCGCCGGCCGCGCAGGCGCGCUGGCUGCCUUGGACGUCGCCGACGACACUCAGGCCUGCGCCUCGCCGAGCGGCGGCGCGUGCGAGGUUACCGCCGCGGCGGUCUGCCGCACGUGCAGCGACGCCUCGUGCGGCGUGCUCGAGGCCGCCGCCGCCCCCGCCGCCGCCUCCAUCGCCGCCGGCGCGCUGCAGCAGCUAUACGCCGCCUCAGAGGAGCAGGUGCAGGCGGACGGCGGCAGCUGCAGCGAAAGCGAGCACGGCCAAGACGACGACGCCUCGGCGGCUGGCAGGUCGGACUGCUCUGUGGUCGUCAUCGUGCGCGUCGGCUCCCCCUGCGGCCUCAAGGCGGGGGCGGCGGCGGCGGCGAUCGUCGAGGGCUGCGACUGCAGCGGCGCCGAUGACGCGGCUGAGCGCGCGGCCGGCUCGACCCGCGGCGCGACAGCCGUGAACGCCGGCGGCGAGGGGUUGGCGCCAGGCGCGGGCGUGGGCGCGCGCCCAGCCUGGUGGGGCCGGCUACGCGGUAAGGCGUGCCAGGCCAAGGCUGCGCUGCGGUGCGGGGUGCUUGCGCCCCUGUGCUUUACGGGGGCAGAGGCCGACCGCUUCUGA